AUGAGUGAAUCGGACAGCGAUUUCUCAUUCGACGACUCACCAAAGAAGAAGAAAGCACCUUCAGCAGCCCCAAAAAAGGCCGCAGUUCCGAAAAAUGGAACUCCAGCAAAAGCCCCAGCCAAAAAGAAGGCUGCUGCUCCAGCAGAUGAAGAUGUUAACACAUCAAUGACUGAAGAAGAUCGAAAUGUCUUCACAAAUAUUGACAACGCUAAAAAGACGGGAGGAAAGAAGAUGGCAAUCGAGGAUAUUUAUCAAAAGAAAUCCCAACUUGAACACAUUCUUCUUCGUCCUGAUACAUAUAUUGGAUCUGUUGAAUAUACCGAGAAAACUCCAAUGUGGGUGUAUAACACCGAAAAGAGCCAAUUGGAGAUGCGAGAUGUUCGAUAUGUUCCAGGAUUGUAUAAGAUUUUCGAUGAAAUCUUGGUCAACGCUGCUGAUAACAAACAAAGAGAUCCAAAAAUGAAUACAAUCAAGGUUGAUAUUGACAAGUAAGUACUUAUUCCUAUCAUAUUUCAAAAUUAAACAGUUUACUUUCAGAGAGAAGAACACAAUUUCGGUUUAUAACAAUGGAAAAGGUAUUCCUGUCACCCUUCACAAAGUCGAGAAAAUGUAUGUUCCUGAAAUGAUCUUUGGAACUCUUCUCACUUCUUCAAAUUAUAAUGAUGAUGAAAAGAAAGUUACUGGUGGUAGAAAUGGUUAUGGUGCAAAACUUUGCAAUAUUUUCUCCACAAAAUUUGUGCUCGAAACUUCAUCCAAAGAAUAUCGUCACUCAUUCAAACAAACUUGGAUCAAUAACAUGACCAAGGAUAAAGAACCAGUAAUUGCUGAACAUCGAUCAGAAGAUUAUACGAAAAUCACAUUUUCGCCAGAUUUGGCCAAAUUCAAAAUGACUGAAUUAGACGAUGAUAUUUGUCAUUUAAUGGCAAGACGUGCUUAUGACGUGGCUGGUAGUAGUAAAGGAGUUAAUGUAUUCUUAAAUGGUGAAAGAUUACCAGUUAAAGGAUUCGAAGAUUAUGUCAAAAUGUAUACUUCGCAAUUUACGGAUAGUGCUGGUGAACCACUCAAAGUUGCUUAUGAACAAGUUGGCGAUCGUUGGCAUGUUGCUUUGGCACUUUCAGAGAAAGGAUUUCAACAAGUUUCAUUUGUUAAUAGUAUUGCAACAACAAAAGGUGGAAGACAUGUUGAUUAUGUUGCUGAUCAAAUGGUUGCAAAGUUUAUUGAUUCGAUUAAGAGAAAAUUGUCAAAGACAUCGAUGAAUAUUAAACCUUUCCAGGUUUGUGGAAAAUUGAAAAGAUACUCAAAAAGCUGAAUUUUAAUCUCAAAAGUUGUGAAGAUAUGAAAAAUCAAUAUUUUCUUAAAAGUUUUGCAUCAGAAAUAUAAAUGAAAAAUUUCGAGUUCAAAGAAAACAUUUGAAUUUUAGUCUCUCCAUAUCCAGUUUAAUAACAAAAAAACCACGUCCAAAAUUUCUCUCAAAACCCCAUAUAUUCCAGAUCAAAAAUCACAUGUGGGUAUUUGUGAAUUGUCUCAUCGAAAAUCCAACAUUCGACUCACAAACCAAAGAAACCAUGACUCUUCAAUCCAAACAAUUCGGUUCAACUUGUCUUAUGUCGGAAAAAUUCUCAAAAGCCGCACAAAAUGUUGGAAUCACUGAUGCUGUUUUAUCAUGGGUCAGAUUCAAGCAAAUGGAUGAUUUGAACAAAAAGUGUAGCAAGACCAAAACUUCGAAACUCAAGGUAUUUUUCGGAUGUUUUCAUCAAAAACUGUUCAAUAAAUUGAUAUUUUUCUAGGGAAUUCCAAAACUCGAAGAUGCAAACGAUGCUGGAACCAAAAACUCUCAACAAUGUACAUUGAUCCUUACUGAGGGAGAUUCUGCAAAAACACUUGCAGUUUCUGGUUUAGCAGUUGUUGGAAGAGAUAAAUAUGGAGUAUUUCCACUUCGUGGUAAACUUUUGAAUGUUCGAGAUGGAAAUAUGAAACAAAUUGCUGACAACGCUGAAAUUACUGCAAUGAUCAAGAUUUUGGGAUUACAGUAUAAGAAAAAAUAUGAGACAGAAGAUGAUUUCAAGACUUUGAGAUAUGGAAAAGUUAUGGUAAUGGCUGAUCAAGAUCAGGAUGGAUCACAUAUCAAAGGACUUGUUAUCAAUUUUGUUCAUCAUUUCUGGCCAUCGCUUAUUCAACGAAACUUUGUUGAAGAAUUCAUUACACCAAUUGUGAAAGCUACAAAAGGAAAAGAAGAGAUUUCAUUCUUCUCAAUUCCAGAAUAUAAUGAAUGGCGAAAUAAUACGGAUAACUGGAAAACUUAUAAAAUCAAAUACUACAAGGGAUUGGGUACAUCAACUUCGAAAGAAGCAAAAGAGUAUUUCAGUGAUAUGUUGAGACAUCGAAUUCGUUUCAAAUAUGGUGGACAAGAUGAUGAUAAUGCAGUUGAUAUGGCAUUUUCGAAGAAGAAAAUUGAAGAAAGAAAAGAUUGGUUGACAAAAUGGAUGCAAGAAAAGAAGGAAAGAAAAAAUAGAGGAUUAGAAGAAGAAUAUUUGUAUAAUAAGGAUACAAGACAAGUUACCUUUAAAGAUUUUGUAAAUAAGGAAUUGGUUCUUUUCUCAAAUUUGGAUAAUGAAAGAUCGAUUCCUUGUUUGGUUGAUGGAUUCAAGCCUGGACAACGAAAAGUAUUGUUUGCUUGUUUUAAACGAGCGGAUAAACGAGAAGUGAAAGUUGCACAACUUGCUGGAGCUGUUGCUGAAUUAUCUGCAUAUCAUCACGGUGAGCAAUCGUUGAUGGGAACAAUUAUCAAUUUGGCGCAAGAUUUUGUUGGAAGCAAUAAUGUGAACACGCUUUUGCCGAUUGGACAAUUUGGUACAAGAUUGCAAGGUGGAAAGGAUAGUGCCAGUGCACGUUAUAUUUUCACGCAAUUGAGGUAAGGUUUUUGACACCAAAAAUUUGAAAAUUACCUUCAUACGAUCCAUUUUCCUUGAACCAAUGAUGAUCAAAUUUUCAAAAGUUGUAUGAAUAGUUUUCUCUAAAAACGAACUAAAAUAUUGGAUUUUUCCCGAUUUUCCAGGAAUUUAUCCAAUUUUUCUCCAAGAGAAAACACAUAAUUCUCAUUGCUUUUAGUGAGAAAAUUCUGAGUUUUUGAAUUUUCUCGAAAGGCGCAAUGACACAAUUUUUUCAAAACAUACACAAUUGAUUACACAAAAGGCGAAUCUGAGGUUCGGAGAAAAUUGAAUUUUAUUGGGAUUUCUACCCGUUUUUAGAUUUGAAAUAUGUUUUUUAAAAAAUCAAUAUUUUUCAGUCCUGUAACUCGAUCGCUUUUCCCAGCCAAUGAUGACAAUGUUUUGCGAUUCUUGUAUGAGGAAAAUCAAAGAAUUGAGCCCGAAUGGUAUGCACCAAUUAUUCCGAUGGUUUUGGUUAAUGGAGCACAAGGUGAGUUGGAAAUUGGGAAAUUCUCGUCAAAAUUUCGAGAAAAACAUAAAAGUGAAAAAAUGAUUGAAUUUUUGGGCUACAGAUUCUCCAGCUAUGAUUCUGGACAAUUUUUAUAGUUCAAAAAUACGAUCUUUUGAUAAAGUUUGAUUUCAAAUAUCUCAGCUUUUUAUUUUCAGGUAUUGGAACUGGUUGGUCAACCAACAUUCCAAAUUACAAUCCACGUGAACUUGUCAAAAAUGUCAAACGUCUCAUCAACAAUGAAGAUCAAAAGAAAUUGGCCCCAUGGUACAAGAAUUUCCGUGGUGAUAUUAUUCAAUUGGAUCCAUCUCGAUUCAUUUGUUAUGGUGAAAUUGGUGUUAUUGAUGAUACGACAAUUGAAAUCACUGAAUUGCCAAUCAAAAUGUGGACACAGGAUUAUAAGGAAAAGGUUUUGGAAGGACUUUUGGAAAGUACCGAUAAAAAACCAUCGGUUAUCGCGUGAGUUUUUUUUUGGAACUCGCCUAAAAGUUUCUCCCAUUCUUCCAAAAUUUUACGUAAAAAUUUAAUUUUUUGCAGUGAUUACAAAGAGUAUCAUACUGAUACAACAGUCCGAUUUGUUAUAAAAAUUGCGCAAGGAAAAUUGAGAGAAUUGGAAAGAGAAGGACUUCACACCGUAUUCAAAUUGCAACAAACAAUCAACACAACUUGUAUGGUUCUUUUCGACGCAGUUGGAUGUUUGAGAACUUAUACAAGUCCCGAAGAAAUCACUGCCGAAUUCUUUGAAGUCCGAAAACAGAAAUAUAUUCAAAGAAAAGAAUAUCUUGUUGGAGUACUUCAGGCUCAAAGUAAACGAUUGAGUAAUCAAGCGAGAUUCAUUUUGGCAAAAAUUAACAAUGAAAUUGUGAUGGAAAAUAAGAAGAAAGCAGCAAUUGUUGAGACUUUGAUUAAAAUGAAAUUUGAUGCGGAUCCGGUGAAAAAAUGGAAAGAAGAACAGAAGAAGAAAGAAUUGUUGGAAUCUGGAGAAAUUGAAUUAGAUGAAGAUGAAAUUGCAAAUGGAGAAGAAGAAGAUGAAAGUGUUGAUUCAAAAGAAAAACAAGUUGAGACGAAAUUGUCAGAUUAUGAUUAUUUGGUUGGAAUGGCACUUAUCAAAUUGUCAGAAGAAGAGAAGAAUAAAUUGUUGAAGGAAAGUGAAGAUAAAUUGGCAGAAGUUAAGGAUUUGGAGAAGAAGUCUUGGCAAGAUUUGUGGAAUAUUGAUUUGGACAAUUUUAUUGUUGAAUUGGAUAAACAAGAAGCUAAAGAAAAGGCGGAUGAGUCGGCUAGUUUGAAGAAUGCGGCGAAGAAGUUUGCAGCGGAAGCAAAGAGUGGUGGAAGAGCUAAGAAGAAUGUUCAAGCCGUAAGUAUUUUAGGGUCCUGGGGAAUUUCCCCUAGGGAAAAAUUAAAGAAAAUCAAAUUUCUGUGUUUUUUGGCAAAAAAAGUCUGAACUCGUGAAAUCAAAAAUUACGCUCCGUCGAAUUUAACAUUUUUCAAUUAAAGAAUUUUUCAGUAAAAUGUAGUCUUUUGAAUUACCUCAAAAAAUUGAAAUUUUCUGCUAGAUUUGGAAAAUAUCAUUAAACGUUUUUCACCAGACCAUUUUUAGGUUUUUGUCUAAAAAUUCGGAAAUUUUAGGCAAAUAGAAUUUGUAUUUGUUGUUAAAAAUUAUGAAUUUUUCUGAUUAUUUUUUUUUAAAUUCGAAAGACAUGUUUAGAUUUUUGUUUUCAGGAUGUUAUGCCAUCGAAGGAUGCUUCUCGUGUUGAACCCAAAAUCGACGAUGCCACAAAAGCCAAAUAUGCUCCAAAAGUCAAACGCGAAAAGAAGGAAAAAGAGGAGAAACCAGAGAAACCGGUGAAAAAAGAAGGAGCUGAUAUCAAAAAAUUCAUGUCACCAGCCACCAAAAAAGAGACAAAAGAAAAGAAAAAAGAUGAAUGGAAUAGUGAUGAAAGUGAUGACGAUAUUGAAUUUGAUGAUGAAGUAUCAUUUGGAGAUGAUAAUAGUGAUAUUGAAGAAGUUAUGCCAACUAAGAAAUCGGGAGGAGCAUCGAAAAGAGUUUCGGAUUCAUCGAAGGAAAAUGGAGGAGAUGUUGUUAUGUUGUCGGAUGAUGAAGAAGAAAAAGUGGAACCGGUGAAGAAGAAGGAAACACCAAAGAAGGCACCGGCGAAAAAGAAGGAACCGGUUGAGAAAAAAGCGCCAGCUGAGAAAAAGGCACCCGCUGCAAAGAAGGCACCAGCCAAGCCUAAGACUAUGAAUGACUACUUUGAUGUGAGUUUUUUUUUGGGCUCAAAAUUGUGAAUAUUUGGUUGAAAAUUGAGAAUUCUUUAAUUUUUCGGUUUUUUUCCAGAAAAAAUUUCAAAGUUAAACAUAUUCUGAAUUUCAAAAACGACAGAAAAUCGAAAAUUCCAUAAGAAAAAGUUCUGAAUUUUAAUUGAAAAAGAUCAAGUUUUUAGCUGAAAAAUUACAAGAUUUCUAUUCUUCUAUUGCUAUUUUUGCAGAAAUCCCCAAAAACUUCGAAAAAAGCCGGAUCUGACGACGACGAAGAUGAUGAUGAUGAAGUAGUUGUCCCCCGCGAAAAAUCGGGACGAGCUCGAAAAGCUCCAACAACAUAUACAGUUGACAGUGAUGAUGAAUCAGAAGAUGAUUAUCAACCAAAAAAGAAGCGAGGAAAAGUUGUUGAAUCGGAUUCGGAUUAA